CCGACGCUGCACUCGCCGACCUCCCAACUAUCGCGAGAAACGGGGCAGUGCGAGAAGAACGGGGUCCAGGCAAGGCAUAGCAAUAUUCAUAUUUAGCAACAACAACAACCUAUACGAAAAUGAUUGUUCCGUUGUGAGAGAGUCGUGAAAUACGUGCCAGUUUCACCCAAAGACACGGAUGAAAGCACUGGACUGUGAUAUACAGGAUGUGGCCACACUUCUCUGGAUCUAUGACAGACGAUGAAGAAGGGGCAGACCUUGUGAAUCCCACUCAUCUUUCCUCCUCUACCCUUCCAUUUAUUGGCUAAAACCCAUACUUUCUUGUUGAAACACUAAAGUAUUUAAUUGCACAAAAUAAUGUAGCAAACAGCUUAGCCUUGGAGAUAUUUGACCUCUUUGAAACCCCAUCUUGCAUGGGUCUGGUGCAUUGUCUUUUUAACUUUUUCGUUUUAGAUGGGGUUGAGCGCAACGCUUCAGUUCACACUCAUUUGUAAAUUAUUAGACCAAUGUGCCGUGUUUGCCCCCUGUCGGUUACCCCAGCUGUGCAAUCACUUCAGGUUUCUGUUGUAUGUUUGAAUUGAUUUGAUAGACCAUCGGGUCAGUUGGCGUCCCUGGCCUUUCGGGAGCAUGAACGGCUCUCUUUUAACCCCGCCCAGCCCACGGGCGACAAACUCCUCUCCAUUGCCUCCAUCACCCUCUCCAUCUCCGUCCCCACCAUCUCCCUCUUUGCUGCCCCUGUCCCCUCGGCCGCCUCCUCUCCCACCUCUGGUGAGCCCUCCACCCCAGGCUCACCCAUCCUCCCUCUCAGACACCCCCACACCUUCCCCCUCGCCUUGCUUGAGCUGGACCGAAUUCUGUGAGCUGCAUGCCCGCGUUGCAGCCGGUGACUUUGCACGCCACUUUCGGGCUUUUCUCCAGGAAAACCCCCACUACUCCCCAGAUUCAGCAGCCGCCUUCUGCCGGCGCUUCACCGACCGCUUUGUUCGUCAUUUCCAGAGUGAGCUGGAGGGGGCGCUUCCGCCGAGCUGUGCUUCUGGGAGGGAUGAAAUGGUGAGCUGGGCUCCCCAGUCAGAUGCUACUUCCCUGGAAGAGGAGGCUGUCUCACCCCUCUCAGCAACCGGUGGAGCAGUCCUCCCGUGUCCCCCAAAUAACACGACGCGGGCUCUAUCCAAGCCUGCACCGACACGGCUGGUGUUAGAGAACCGCAGCGGGGACAGGUUUCAAGAUUCUUAUGCCCAUGGCCAAAUACUGCCGCCAUCCUCCUCCUCAUCGUGUUGCUCCUCAGUAGGAGGGAACAACGGGAGGCGUGAAGAGAGAGGGGCCAUGAUGGCCCCUGGGAAUGGGGAAGCACCAGUUGAGGAAGAGGAGGACAGCUGGCUCGGGGUUUCGUCUGUUGGGGAGGAUGUUGAUGCAGAAGAUCGGGAAGCCGCAGAGUCCACAGAGGUGGACAGUGCUGACCCCUCCCACACUCCUCAGAUUCCACCUUCCUCAUCCUCCGUCACUCCUCCGCCCGACUCCAAAGGUAACAGCACGCCCAACUCCUCCAAAAACAAACUGAAGAAACGCUUUUCACUGCGGAGUGUGGGUCGUAGUGUUCGGGGGAGUGUCCGGGGCAUCCUGCACUGGCGAAGCUCCUCCAGUGACUCAGCCCAGAGCCAGCUGCCCUCCAGCUACAGCUACACUAUGGGUGUGCAGGACGCUAGCUUUGUUUCAACCUCAAAGAGGAACUCUGGUACACAGCCUCCCACACCCACCUCCUCCAUGCCUGUCUCUCUGUCCAUGCCCCUUUCCCUCCCCCACUCUUCCUCCUCCUCUCUGCCUCCCUCAUCUUCAAGCAGCGCCACCUCUCUGUCUCUUUCGGAGGCUGCUCGGGACCGGCGGCGGAGCAACGGUGAAGGAGGUGAGAAGGAGAAGUGGAGCCAUCGUCUGGAGAAGCUCAGACUGUCAAGAUCCCCCCCUCCUGUCCUCACUCCAACCACCGCCGGCUCUCACUCCACGUCCUCCACUCUGCCUCCGAGCAGUGCUGCCGCUGCUGCCAUGGGACCUCCGAGGAAGGUGGGCCGGCUGGUGAGGGAGGGAGGGGUGAGCGUUAGCUCGUCCAACGACGAGUUAAGUGGGAGCCACGGCUUCUCUGGCUUUUCGUUUGGUCUGCUGCAUCACGGUACGGACAACAACAACGCUGCCUCAGCUUCAUCUGCAGCAGCUCAGACAGGACCAGCGCAGCCUCUGGCCAGUGGAGGGAACGUGCCCUGGAGAGGUGGACGCUGGCAUAAAUGUCGUCUGGUCCUCAGAGAGAGGGACAGAGAGGGUGGUGAUCGGGGAGAAGAGUACUACCUGGAAUUCUUCAUUCCACCAAAAUCGUCAAAGCCCCGGCUGACUGUCCCCUGCUGCUCAAUCGUGGAUGUGAGGAGCACCACGGCGCUGGAGGUCCCUGACAAGGAGAACACAUUUCUGCUGCAGCUGGAAGGCUCGGCGCAGUAUGUGAUCGAGACACGAGAUGCUGUUCAGAUGAGAGCCUGGCUGAGCGACAUCAGGAACGGCAUCUGUCUCAGUGAACAGGAAGAUGCUGAAGGUGUGUGUGGGGGGCCGUUAGACAUCAGUGGAACUCCCGAGAUUGUUGACCGUCUUUCACAAGUGUGUUAUGGAGGUAUUGGAGGCUCCUCACCUCUGAUGGAUCCUCUCCCACCGGAGCUGCCACCUCGAGCCCCUCUCGACGAACCGGACGGCCGUAUUCUCGGGGCAGGCGGGGCUAGCCUGGGCACACCUUUUGCUGAGACGCCAGAUGCCACAGGGUCCUUCCUGUUCUCUGAGGUGACGUCUGCGGAGGCGGUGGAGCACCCUCUCAGUGAGUGUCAGUGGUUUCACGGCACCCUGUCCCGCCUCAAAGCCGCUCAGCUGGUGUUGGCUGGAGGCCCGGCGAGCCACGGCGUCUUUCUGGUUCGCCAGAGCGAGACACGGCGCGGAGAAUAUGUCCUCACCUUUAACUUUCAGGGCAAGGCCAAGCACCUCCGUCUGUCCCUGAAUGAGGACGGUCAGUGUCGAGUGCAGCACCUCUGGUUCCAGUCCAUCUUCGACAUGUUGGAGCACUUCCGGGUGCACCCAAUCCCCCUGGAGUCUGGCGGCGCCUCAGAUGUCACGCUCAUCAGCUUCGUGGGUGCCACCGCAGUUCGCCAGCCAGGUAUGAGCGAGCCCAACACUCCGCGUUUAAGAAUACAAAGAGGCAUAAGGCAAAACCAUCAACAGAGGUCAUACAGGAAACAAAUUAAGCCCCUUUCAGACAUGGCAAUUUUAAAAUGUUGGUUUCAUGUCUGAAUAAUAGCCUGAGUCACUUUUACAUGCAAGUCAUGGCAGCAUUCGUACUGGUCAGACCUGUUACAUUACAUGGACGUCAAACAGCAAACAGUCCGAACCAAACGUCUCCUCUCUCUGUUGGACUCUAUAAAAUAGCAGAGUUCUCUAAGAGAUGAUGCAAUUGAUGAGGGAGUUUAUUUGUCAAGUCAUCAUUAAUGGAGACCUAGAGGGAACAGAAAACACUCUCGUUCCUUCACAUUAUUAUUUUCCAACCCACAGCUGUUCUCCAGCAGUCAAACUGCUCCCUUUGUGGGCAAGAUGGCAAAUAUCACCGAGCAUUGUGGCCUUUACAUCAAUAAAGGCUGUAAGGAACAAGUAGAGUGCCUUGGAAAGAAAUCAGGAGCAACUUAGUGUAGACUUUAUUUUUCAGACGAUCUAAU